AUGCGAGCCGGCGGGCGCCCGGGGAGGGCGCGGCCUGGCCCCACACGACUCGACGGCGGCGGCGACGGCUCGGGCGGCGGCGGGUGCUCAGGAGGCGGCGCGGCUCGGGGCGGGCGCCGACCACAUCCCCCGGCGGCGGUGGCAGCGGCGGCGGCUGUGGCUGCGCGGCUCCUGCUUCGCUCCUGCUGCUGCAGCUGCUCCCCAGCGGAAAGGGGCGGGCGGCGGCGGCGGCGGCGCCUCCCCCUGUCCCCCGCCUCCCGCCUCCCGCGCCCAGUCCCUCUCCCGCUCCCUCUCCCGGGCCGCCGCCUCCUCAGCGCCGCGCGCGUCUCCCAUCAGACUCCCCGCCCCCAGUGCAGCGCCGCGCGGGCGGCCGGGCGGCUGCGGCCAAAACUAGGCCGGGCCCUUCGGCGCGCGUCGGAGCCUGCGCGGUACCGAGCCUAUUUAGCUGUGGCACCGAGGCAGAGCGCUACCUCUGCGCGAGAGGGCGCCUGA